GAUGCAUGUGGUAUAAAAAGUAUUGUAGGAUAAACAUUCCUUUCUCUUAAAACCGCACCGCAAACCCGGGGGAGCAUUUAUUGAUGAGUUCAUAGAUGGCAGAGGAAGUGUUAUUAGCAAAAGAUGGGAAAUGUGUGGGGUCUCUCACCAAGUCGCUGCUGGCCGUGGCUUUCCUUGCCUCGUUCGGUAGCUCCAUGCUCUAUGGCUACAACCUGGCCGUCGUCAACUCUCCUGCAGAGUACAUCAAGGCAUUCUAUAACCAGACGAUGGUAGCAAGGAACGGGACGGGUCUGGACGACAAGACUCUUACGUUGUUCUACUCUGUCACCGUGUCUGUGUUUGCCAUCGGGGGCAUGGUGGGCAGCCUCAUGGUGGGCAUACUAGUCACCAGAUUUGGAAGGAAAGGCACCCUGGUGAGAAUCACAUGUCUGGUGUUUAUAGGUGGAGCCUUCAUGGGCUUCAGCAGGUCCUUCGGCUCUCCAGAGAUGAUCAUUGUUGGACGCUUCAUCACAGGGGUACACUCAGGUAUCUCUCUGAGUGUGGUGCCAAUGUAUCUUGGGGAGAUAGCACCUAAGAACCUGCGAGGCUUCCUGGGCCUCGUGCCUAGCAUCUUUAUCUGUGUAGGAGUCUUCAUCGCUCAGAUCCUGGGGCUACAUGAACUACUGGGAAAGGAAGAGCACUGGCCCCUCUUCCUGUCUCUGGUGGUGAUCCCCACAAUGUUCCAGCUGAUGCUGUUGCCAUGGUUCCCAGAGAGCCCGCGGUACCUGCUCAUAGAGAAGAGGAAUGUCCACGCCACCAUCACAGCUCUGAAGUGGUACCGGUCCAAAGUGAACAUCCAGGCAGAGAUCGAGGAGAUGCAGGAGGAGCAGCGGUCCAUGUCCUCGGUCCAGACCGUGUCGGUCAUCGGUCUGCUGAAGGACCGGAGCGUCCGCUGGCAGGUCAUCACUAUAGUGGUGGUCAAUAUCGGCAUGCAGCUGUCCGGUAUCGACGCGAUCUGGUUCUAUACCAAUGCCAUCUUUGAGAACGCAGGUAUCCCAGUCCCUCAGAUCCAGUACACCACGGUUGGAACCGGAGCCAUCGAGGUUAUCGCUGGAUGCGUAGGGUGCUUCACCAUUGAACGGCUGGGCAGAAGACCUCUGAUGAUUGGUGGAUUCACCUUCAUGGGAAUUUGCUGUGCAGGGAUCACACUCUCCCUCAUGUUCCAGUCCCACUACAUCAGUGUUGCCUGUGUGGUGGGGAUCAUCGCUGGCUUCUGUAUAGGACCAGCUGGAGUGCCCUUCCUGAUUACAGCAGAGCUGUUUAAACAGUCCCAUCGUCCGGCUGCCUACACCGUGGCCGGAUGCCUCAACUGGCUGUCCAACUUCACCAUCGGCUUUGUCUUCCCCUUCCUACAGAUGUCGGCAGGGGCCUACUGCUACCUGGUGUUCUUUGGCGUGUGCACGGCAGUGGCGGCCUACGUCUUCUUCAUCGUCCCCGAGACCAAGAACAAGACAUUUGUGGAGAUCAGCCAGAUGUUCGCGGCCAGGAACGGCAUGCUGGAGGAGGAGAGCAGCGAACUGGGCGUCUUUAACAGCCUCAAACUCGCCAAGAUGAACGGCUAUGGUGCCGUCGACCUGGAGUACGACGUGAUAGAGAAUAAGAAGUAGAGAAGGGGAAAGGGGGAGAGAGAGAGAGAGACGUCAGUAGUCUUAAAGUGUCUCUUCAUCUGUACUGAUCUGAAAACACCCCACUGGGCACAGACGUCAGUUAAACGUCUAUUUUUGAUUUCCAUUUGGUUGAGUUGUCAACUAACGUGAAGUCAAUGUGAAAUCAACAUAAAAUGUCGCCAUGAUAUUGGCUUUAGGUUCAAAGUUAGUUGAAAAAAAGCCAAAAUUCCCUUUUUGCAAAUCCAAAUCGUUUCCCACAUUGAUUCAACGUCAUCACACUGAAUAUAUUUGUUGAAAUGAUGUGGAAACAACGUUGAUUCAACCAGUUUUUGCCCAGUGGGACAGAGUAGGUGAAAGCAAUGUGGUGGAAUUGGUGGACUUUGCUUUCCCCUACCCAGUUAGUGCAGACAAUGGAAAAAAUCAUCUCUUUCGAUUCAUUGUUCAGUAUUUCAUUUCGUUCUUCUUCUGAAUCUGUGUUCAUGCGUUACAGACUCCUGUGUCAGUCUACAAAACCUCUGAUGUAAGAGCUCUAGGAUAGUGUCUGUGGUGGUGUUUUAAUGUUUUCUCAAUGGGCGUAUAAGUUGAAUUGUGUCUAUCUAUGGAAAUGAAAAACAUUUUCAGACAGAAAUCUAUCUCCAUACCGUUCCAAAAUGUAACAUUUAAUGUCACCAGUUGUACAGUAACCUACACUGACUCUAUGUGCUGUUUGGAAGUCAGCGCAUCUACAACCAUUAGGUUUCACUCUCCUCUCGGUUAUAUGUGCCUCUCUCUCCGUGAAUCACGCUGAAAGUCUUCUUUUCUCAAUCUGGCUGAAAACCUUUUCCGACAAUGUACAGUACAGAGAGAAUGUAUUUAUUUAAUGACACAGCAACAGUAUCAUGAUAUGAAUGCAGUAUCUGACUUGACCGUUUUCCUGAUCACUGGUUUUGACAGAAAAUGAGGUCAGAACACGUCACGUGAAUGGUAUAAUUUUAGAAACCCUUUUGGGUGUUUAUAAUGCCUUAACAACAUAUCCAUAGCACAUUAUAAGGUGCUAUGAUCCCGUAUAAGGCUUCAUAAGAAGGUGCUCCAAGUGUUACAGUGUCUUUGAUCAUGUUUACCUUGCUUAGCUGAAGAGAGAACCAAUAACUUGAGUUUGCUUGUUUGUUUUUUUCCUUCUCUCUUUUGCGUAAGAGAGUUUGUAAAUGUGGCUACUGUAGUAGUCAUUCCAUAUUCCGAGGCAAGAUAAGUUAUAUAUCAUACGUUAUAUCGUACAUGUUAAACAGAUGUGCACAAGAAAGUGUGUAGGAGGAUAUAUACAGUAUACACUGAGUGUACAAAACAUGAGGAACACCUUCCUAAUAUUGAGUUGCACCCCCUUUUACCAUCA